AUGGUUGCACUGGACGCGUCUCAAUUAAUGUCGCGUAUUUCUAAAGAUGAGUGCAUAAAUUAAUAGCGUUGCGUAUUUAUUUUCAGAAGUUUUAAAUAUGACGAAGCACUCUUCGCGUUUGAUUUUGAAAAUUUUGCAUUUCACAAUUAGUGGCUAGUGAAUUAGUGUUGCGAAACAAGAUGUUUGUUGCUCGGUUUCGUAAUGUAGAUAAUUAUGCAGAUACAGAUAAUUAGUAGCUCUUCUGGCUACUGUAUCGCGAUUUUCUUCUUCUUUUUAAUUUCACUUAUAUUAUAUCGAGCUUUUGAUAAAAUUUAUCUGAACUGAUAAGUUCUUUAAUAUUUUGUUAAUAACUUUAGAAUUGUAAUUUACUAUCUCAAAAAAAAGAACCAUCAUAAUAUUGUAAAACAUGGAUAGAUUUGUCAUUUAUUUUAUCAUUUAUUUUUAACUAUUAGUUAUGUUAUAUUUCAAUUACAAAUAUGAUUUCCCAUUCUUUAUUGUAUACAUUCGUACGUAAGUAUGGGCUAUUUAUUAUUAUUCGAAAAUUUCACAGGCGAUGCAUUACAAUUAAUUUCUAAUGAAAUGUAUUGGAGGAGUGAAGUGAGAAAAAUUUAUUAAUAAGCACAAAUUUUUCCAGCAGAUAGCUUAUCAUUUUAAUCCGUUCUGUUUGUUUUAAAAUAUAUUCCCAAUUGUGUCGAUUAUUCUCAAUUCACAUAUUUCGUUAGUGCAUCUUCUCUAUUUUUAUUAGUUACUGGAUACCGUGGAUACCGUGGAUAUGAUUUGUAAAUAAUUUCACCAAAGAUAUUUCGUAGGCUGUUUUUAAAAAUUUCUUAAAUUUUAACGAGUUCUCAGUUUUACACUUAUUGGAAGUGAAAUUUUGGAAACAUUUUACGCCUGAAAAGUUAUUUCUUAAUCGCGACGAUUACUAAACUUUCCCUGAGCUCCUCUGUUAAGACAAAUAACUCGCGCUUCUUCAAUUGUUGCAGGGACUCUUUCUUCCUUUCUUUUUCUCGCCAUUUUCUCUUGAUAAGUUCGAAGACCUUUCGUCUUAGUCGCUCACAAGAGAAAGGAAAGUAAUUACAGAUAGGAAAUUGCUUGAAGAAAAUGAGCUUUCUAUUGGGUCCUAUGAUGGAUUGACGUUUAAAUCAGAAAUAAUUAUUUGUCGCUUAGAUGAUGAAUAAAUUCGCUUCAGACUGCAAAGUUAUUAAAUUUUUGUUACUUGGAACGUUCGAAGUCUUUCUCAAUUCGUUAUUUCAAGUUUUUAAUUUAUUCUUGUUAUUUCGUCUAAUUUCAAAUAAAUUAAGUUAAUUAAUCAAUUAAGUUACGACUUAUAUAACCGCUUUUCUCUUUUAUAAACGAUUUUCUUUUUUUUAUCAAAUAGUCUUUCACAAUCAACAAAACUUUUAAUAGAUUCCAUUUCCAUACCCCAGUUCAGUUUAUUAACACACCUUUGAUUAAAACAUCAAUUUUAAAUAUUAAGUGUACACCGCUUAACACGGAUUAAUGGUAUAUUAAAAGAAGAAGAAGAAGAAAGAAAACGUUCGUAAAAUAUAUCGCAUAGAAUAGAUCGGUGAACGUUGUUUUAUACUCGAGAACGGUGCAUUCAAUCGACGCGCAUUCGACACCGCGUCGUUUUUUCCUCGUGUUACAAUUCGACGCAUAACACCUCGAUGAAAAACUUGAGACAUCGACAAGCUAUCGCGAACACAAUUGCAUCGUGUGACCAAACAUGCAUCGGAUGCACCGAUGGUAGGGAUUUCUGCAGGAUAUAAACGAAGUGUUCCCAUUCGAUUGUUCGUCUGUUUCGCGAGACUCAAAUAAGCUUGCAUCGGUUUCAACCAACGAAACGUCGUCGAACCGCAAUGGAUCGUUUCCUGCUCUUCGUCCUGUUGUUCACCAUCUUACCGUUUACAAUCCAAGAAGUUGUUGAACAGGGAGCCUGCAAAUGCGCCGUGUUUUCCAGGCAAAUAGCAAAAUCAAUCAUUGAACGCGCGCUUCUAUAUAACGUCACGUGCGAUGGCGAAGGGGAGGAGAAGUGUCAACAAUUGUGCAUUGCUCUGGUCAGUGAUAUGGCCGGCAAAUGUCAAAAAGAUAUAGGUAAUUUUGUGAGGCAGGCUGAGAGCGCGAGAGACAAAGCGCCGCAGAUGAUUUGCGAGAAGUUGAACACACACGUGGAGAAUCUUCACGUGGCGGUGUACGCGAAAGUGUGUAACGAGGCCAGCUGGAAAUUCACUGGUUUGAAAGCUGCAGAACCAAUUUGUUGCCACGAGGGGAAGAAUGUAGCCUGCGAGGAACCACUACCGAUGAUCGAAAACUCCUCUAAGAACAAAAUCGUCUUAAAAGCAUUAAACGCUUCCUCUACUCUAUACCUUUUCGCUCGAAUCUUGAAGAUCUUUGGAGCGAUUAUACUCGUACGCAGACUAUCUUUCAAGCUAGCGCCAGAAUACAAAGCCACCAGCUAUGCAACACGACGUGCAAACACCACCUUAGAGCCCUUAAACCGGCUUAAUCCUCUACAUGCCUUUCACGCCUCCUUAAUGUCGCUUCAACUCGCACGCUACGGUUGUUGGCCCAUGUGUGGUUCUCUCCAUGCUGCGGAUGCUCAAUUAUGCCACGUUACCAGUAACAACUACCAC